UCAAUAAUAUUGUAUAGUAUAGUGAUUUAAUCUAUUAGAAUGUUUUUUAAUUUACAUUUAUCUCCGUCGCUUUAAAUUUCCGCCAUGUUGUAGUUUUUUACUCUGGCAACCCUGUUUAGUGAAAACGAGGACGCAGUCUGUAAAGGACUACAUAUCCCAGUGACCCCCACGACGUUUACGGAAGUAAAGCUCUUCAGUUCGACCGUUACACCGGCUGUACGCUUUAUCAACAUAUCAGCUGUAUUAGAAAACAGAAACAGCUACAGGGAAAGAAACCGGUUGCCUUUUGCAUGGCCUCUUGAUAUAAAUGCUAAAAAUGAAACCUUCACUGGAGUCCGACGAAGAGGAAGAGAUAGGAACAUAUCAGAAGAAAUUAAGAGAGAGGGCCAACCGCAGUAUUCAGCAGCUAAGCAACAUGCUGGUGAACCAGAGCUCUGAUGCGGAGGCGCUGGAGCAGUCGAGCAGUCAGCACAGUCCUCCAGAGAGCUCCAGAGAACAAAGACAGCAGAGCGAAGCAGUCAGUCAGCUCCGUUCAUUGCUUCAAAAACAACCUCAAGAAGUCAACUCUCCUUCCCCUUCGAAAAGGAAACCUGUUCCAAAGAGACAAGCAGAUGAAGAUGAUGGAAGUUUACCUCCAGUCCAGGACCUGGUUCCCAUCAUUCACAACCAGUCUGAGUACAUCCAGCACCUUGAGGCUGAGGUCAAGUUCUGCAAGGAAGAACUACUUGCGAUGAAGCAGCGAGUCAGAGUAGUUGUUGUGGAGAAUGAAAAACUACAUGAGGAGCUCAAGGCAAAGAUGGUGGAAGACACUCUGAAGGAAUACAGUCUCCUGGAUGGCACGGUAAAUGCUGAAACUUCAGUAGAUAAAAUUACCUCAACACCCGCAGCAAAACCAAGACGGGAUUUCAUUCAAAAAACAGACGACAAGAAGUGGGAAAAAGAGCUGGAGCAGUUAAAAUGUUUGUACCAAGCACAGACUGAGACGCUAGAAGCUCAGGUAGUUUCACUGAAGAAGGAAUUGGUGAGUUGUCAGGCAGAAUGUGAGGACCUGAAGGAGCGUCUGAGGCAUAAGGAAGCAAUGGCAAGUGUAUCGGGGACUGGUCAGCGUGUCGGAGGUCUGUGUGUGAAAUGUGCGCAGCAUGAGGCUGUACUGGCUGAAACACACUCCAACAUUCACAUCCAGGCCAUCGAGCGACUCACCAAAGAGCGAGACGAGCUGAUGACGGCGCUGUGCUCUCUGAGGGCCAGUCAGAGCGAGGCGCAGCAAAGGGAGUGGGCUGCUUAUCAUCAGGUCAAACAGGCUGUGGAGAUGGCAGAGGAGGCUAACCUGGAGAAGACCAAGGCACUAGUACAGUGUGAGCACGUUUUCGCUGAGCUGGCUAGACAAAGGGAGAGACUGGAGAAGGAACUUGCUUUAGAGCAGGAGAAGAUUGCACAGGCGAGGGGUGCUGCCCGCUCCGAGAGCAAGAGAGAGAAAGAGGAGCUCGCCCAGAUGGUGACCUCGCUGUCAUGCAGAGUGGCCGAGCUAGAGGGACUUUUGGAUAGAGGAGACAGAGAGAGGAAUUCCCUCAACACUCAGCUAGAGGAGGCCUUUAAGAAGCUCACCACUCAGGAGACGGACAACAGCAGGGUGUGUGGGGAGCUGCGCUACCAGCUGAGUCAGGCCCAGCUUAAGAGAGAAGAGGCUGAGAGGGAAUUACGGGACUCUCGCUCUAAACUGGGCCGGCAGCUCGAGGUAGCACAACAGGAAGUGCAGAAGCUGGGUGCAGAGCUGAGUGGCAGCCAGCAGCGUUUGGAGGAGGCCCAGAGGGCAGAGGGCCGAGCUCGGACGGAGGCAGCCGGCCUGGCAGAGGGGCUGAACCGCGCCCAGCGCCAACUGCACCUCACCAGAAAGGAAAAGGAGGCACUGGAGCGCCGUUGUGCAGAGGACAUGGCUGCUCUGACCUUCCAGGCUCAACGGCGCGAGCAUGAGCUGACACAGACGCUCCAGCAAAUGGAAACGCAGCACGAGAGGAAUGUUGCAGACAUGGAUGCCUUGCUGAGCUUGCAGAAUGGCCUCAUAGGCAAGCUGAAGGAUGAGUGUCACACUCUUUGUUCAAAAAUGGAAGAGCUGACCCAGUCUAACAGGGCCGAGGUAGAACAGCUUUCUUUAGAGAAGGAGCACCUGCAGGAGAGCAUGGAGAAGCUUCGAGGUCGCUGUCAGGAGAUGGAGGAACAGUGUGUACAGCAUGGGAGAAUGCACCAGCGCAUGAAACACAGAUUCUAUUUUCAGAGAUCAAGAAUGACAGGUGGUGUAAAACAUCAACCUUCUUUUGGUGUGCUAUUGAACCUGCACGGUUACAGAUCUCCAUAGUGAAGCUAGGGGGCAGCAGUGUGCCUCUUCUCCCUCCUCCCACACUCCAGCCCCUCCACGACCAGCUGUCCCAUGAUGCCCGCGGCUCUGUGGCCUGCUGGAGGAGAGGUGUGGAGUUCUGGCUCUGCUCGUGUACCGAGCGCAUCCCAAGGCAAGCUGUAAAAUGUUCCACAGUGCAUCCAUGCGCUUCUUGUCUAGCACAAGGGUCUUGUUUAUGACACCAAAAAGUGCUCACUGUGCUCCUUUAAAAGGCCCUCGGUGCAAGCUUUUAGGAAAAUAACAGCUGACUGUGGUUAAAUGGUCUAACUCGGGCUGAGGUGCAGGUGGUGGUGAAUAUACAGUUGCAUACAUGCGCACAGAGCACUGCUACUGAAUGGAAAUGAGGUUUUUUUAGUCGCAGGAUGUGUCGAGAGCUGCGCAGGUGAUGAUGCAUACUGCAAGUAAUCGUUUGCAUGUUUAGAGAUUAGCAGAACAAAAGUUCAGAAGCAGCGUUAAGUUUGUAAAAAAAAAAAAAAUGAAUAUGGAAAUAUUAUUCUGUCUAAGAGACAAGGUAUAAGUAAUGAUUAAUUGAAGACUAAAGUUUUAUUGAAACUCUAAUCAUACGCACCUGAUUCUCACAUGAAGAUGCUCCUGACGACUCGAUCAAGUGAAUCAGGAGUGUUAAAUAAGGAAGUUGUAAAUAAUUAAAAGCUUCUCGGUGUAAAGAACUGUUAUCGGAAAAGACCACUAAUACUUUUCACAUAUGCUACAUUAGAGUGAAAGUAUUUUUCCCAUUUUUUUAUUAGACUAGAUAUCAAUAAACAUUAAAUUGAGCUAAUUUUAUAUUAAUUAAUUAAUAUCCUUGAAAUGUAGAAAAUUACUUGCUUGUUUCUAUCCCUCAUGCGUGUAGUGUAGGAUACAUUUGAUCACAUUUGAGAUCAUUAUAAUAGAGUUCACCUCCUGGAGCACAUUUCAUAUCAUAGUAUGUAUUUAUUACACUAAACAUCUGUUGAAUGUAAUAAUAACUUUAAUACUGAUGCUGUAAUUAACUGCAUUAUGUUUAAUGAAGAAUUACAACCAUUUACUUGAUGCAUUAGCUUCAACACAUGAAUUAAUCGAGUUUUCAUUAUUCUCUUUAAUAACUGGCUGACCUGCAUGUGACACUAACAAAAGAAGCAAGUGUAUACAAAUGUAUAGCAAAAAGUUUUAGCACAGCAACUGUGAAUAUGUAAAUAUGUCAUCAUCAGCCAGACAUAUGUAUAUAUUUGUUAAGACUGAUGUCAGCAAGGUGAACUGCAUGAUCCACCUUAUUUUGGGGAAAGGUGUAGGCAAUUUGGGUGAACCCAUCUGGCUCUGGACAGGUGGAAUCAUUAAGGACAUUCACUGUAAUCCACAUGGCUCAUGGGGAGGAAACUGGCAUCCGUUUUAGGUCAAAUCAUCUGGCUCUGACACCUCCUGAUCCAUGUGUGAGCUUCUGUUUGAGCUGCCUCUGGAUUCCAGUUUUUUUUUCUCCGAUCUCAAACCGCUCUCGCCCACUCUGAGCGGAGGAGAAGCCAAUUCUCAUAAAUACAGAUGGAGCAGUAAACACUAAGGAUAUCUUUAGACUUAUGUAAAUUCAGUGUUCUGGAGAAUUAGCCUAGUGUUAAGAUGUGAAAUAGCUAAGAUGUGUCAGUUCCAAUGUAAUGUAAAGCUUACGUUAUUUAUUUGCAACUGCAAUCUACUUCGAUCUACUUGCAACUACAAGAUUUUAAGUUUCUGUUUAACACCUUCUCCAAGUCCAUCUUUUCGACACUGUGUGAAGAGAUAAAUGUCCAUUCUUAUCAUUAGCUGUAAGCUACAGGGCCUGUGUGUGUGU